UAUAAAAGAAAACAAUGAAAUAUCUCAAGAAUUUGAUGAAUCAUCCAGUUUGACAGAAAUGGUAGCUCCCACAAAUCAGAAAAAGCAUUUAAAUGAAAAAAGAAAACAAUUAUUAGAAAUGGUACAUUAUUGUGAGAACAAACUUGAAUGUAGACAACAACUAGCAUACCAAAUUUUUACAUGGCCCGGAGAUUCUGAUAUUCCAGAGUGUCAUAACUGUGAUAAUUGUUGCCGACAUAAAGCCAUUUCUACUGAAUGGCGGAAUGUUAGCAAUGAGGUAAAUUGGAUAGUUAGAAUCGUAGAUCAAUUGAUAAAAAGAGUUACCAGCCAAGAUCCUAAUAAAGAUCUAAGUUCUAUAGAAGGUUAUGGAGUCUCAUUUGAAAGUUGUUCAAUUUUCAACGAAGAUUGCUUAUAUUUGAUCGAUUCAUUGAUUUUAGCAGAGAUUAUUACUGAAGAGGUUGAUAUCAAGUAUUCUAAAGAAGCAAAAUCGUUAUCAUAUUCAUCUAGUUUG